AUGGCCAAGUACUCAGAGGAGCAGAUGCUCGAAGCCAAGGAGCUCGCAUACACGCCCAAGCCGGAGAUCUUGGAGGCUUUCAACGACUUGGUGGAGCUGGUGAGAGAACACUUUGCCGCCGAGAAGAGAGCCAGACAGACUAACGGUGACACUUACAUUGACGAACGCGGAAACGAACGUUCUUACAACCACUUGAACAGAAGAAGAUUGCUGAGACUGGGUCAGCCUAAGCCCAACUUGCGUAAGAAGGCCGCCGAGGUUGUGGAUGAGGACGGAUGGGCCACUUACACCAAGCCUAAGAAGUCGUUUGGUGACGAUGCUACUGACGAGAGAGACAAGUUCAGAGAGCUGUUGAAGGACACGGCGGUGAAGGUGAAACCCAACAACAAGAACUUGGGCUCGUCCAAGGCCGUGGACCCUCGGGACACGAUCGCCGACAAACAGACUAAUACCUUCAAUGCUUUUGAAGCGCUUGGCGACGACGACGAGUAG